GCGCCACGCGAGGCAGGGGCGGGCCUGGCUGUUCAGACAGAGGCGGCGGUGUUGAGGAGCAGAGGCCUGUGCUGCCAGCGCUCGCUGCCUUCCUCCCCGGUGGUUUGCCAUGGCGGCCGAGGUGUCCACGCGGGCGGGCCGGUUCCGCCUGCUCUCGGCCCCUUCGUCCCGCCGGGCGCCGCUGGUGGCGGAGGACUCGUCGUCGUCGUCCUCGGAGAGCAGCGGGGAGGAGCCCGGGAGCUGCCCGGCGGGGCGCGGGCGAGGGCGGCGUGGAGGGGCGCGGCGGUGCAGCCCGGGCGGCGAGGGCAGGCCUGGGCGCCCGGCGCAGAUCAUCCACUCGGGCCACUUCAUGCUCUCCUCGCCGCACAGCGAGCACCCGCCCAAGAAGGGCUACGACUUCGACACGGUCAACGAGCAAACCUGCCAGACCUACCGCUUUGGGGCGGCGGCGGCGGCGGGGGGCGAGGAGGGCGGCGGGGGAGACGGGCCCGGAGGCGGAGGAGCCGGCGGAGGAGGCCCGGGAGGCGGCGGAGGAGGCGGCGGCGGAGGGCGGCUCAGCAUUGACGCCUCGCUCACCAAGCUCUUCGAGUGCAUGACCCUGGCCUACAGUGGCAAAUUGGUCUCUCCUAAGUGGAAGAAUUUCAAGGGCCUCAAGCUUCAAUGCAGGGACAAAAUCCGGCUCAACAACGCCAUCUGGAGGGCCUGGUACAUCCAAUAUCUGGAGAAGCGGAAGAACCCUGUGUGCCAUUUUGUGACUCCCUUGGAUGGCUCUGUGGAGGUAGAUGAGCACCGUCGUCCUGAGGCUAUUGCGACAGAAGGGAAAUAUUGGAAACGACGGAUAGAAAUUGUGAUCCGAGAGUAUCACAAGUGGAGAACGUACUUCAAAAAAAGGUUGCAGAAGCACAAAGAUGAAGACCUUUCCAGUUUGGUCCGGGAUGACGAUAUGCUGCUCUGGCAGAAUGAGAGCUAUGGCAGGGAGACUCCGGUCCCAAUGGAACUGGACUCUCUCUUUAGCACUGACAUGCUCAUGUCAGAGUUGCCGGACACCCUCUUCUCCACAUUGUCUUCUCACCAGCCAGUCUGGCCAAGUCCCAGAGAGAUAGCACAUUUAGGCAAUGCUGACAUGAUUCAGCCAGGACUGACUCCUCUCCAGCCCAACUGUAUGGAUACCUUUGAACUUUUUCAAGAACUUUUCAUGUCAAAUCGUUCCAGUAACUGCUUCAGUGCCAUGACGCCUACUGCCAGUUCUGCCAUGGCAGAUGCCUGUACUCAUUCUUCCCAGACUUCGGACCUAUCUCCAGGCUCUUUAUCCAGCCCUCUUCCCCCGGUCAACCUCAGUGAAGGGCUCAUUGCCACCCCAGUGCCUGCUCCCAUCAUUCCUGGUGUGGUGGACAUUGGUGUCGACCAGUGCCUCAACCUGAGGAGUGGGGACUCCUUCCUAGAGCCGCCCGGUUUCAGUUCCACACCUUCGCUGAGUAGCCAGCCUCCAUUCCUGCCUCCCUUCCCGGAUCUCGUUCCGCUCCUGCAGCCAGGUGUUCCUUCUCUGCCAUCCCAACUGCAGCAGGCCUCGCUGCCUCUGAAUGCUGGCUUGACCUCCCAGACGCCCAUAUUUGCUCCUUCAGAGCCCCCCAAGUUUGGGCUCUGCAAGUCUUCCGUGAUCACCCACACAGCCUCGGCUACCCUGACGCGGAAUGUCCCUGCCACCACCUUCAGCCACAGCCAGGCUGGCCUCCUGGCAACCCAGCAGCCGGGAGGAGUGCCUUGCAACCUGACCCUUCAGGCUGCGGUCCCCCAACAGCAAACUCUGCUGCAGCCCCACACAAACUUCGUCCUCCCUGUUGCUGGCUCCAGGAUGAGGCCCAAGAAGCCGCAAAAGAUAGUGCCUGCCCCAAAGCUAGAGACAGUCUCCUUGGUGUUGAAAAAUGCCUUCAUUGCCCCAGCAGCCUUUCAGGGGCCGUCCAGAACGGUGAUUGUAUCUCCUGCAGCUAUGAAAAGAGAUGGUGUUUUGGCCCCCAGAAUGUCUCAGCCCAGUGUGGUCAUUGCACCAUCAGGAAUGCCCAGAGUGCCUCAAGCUACAGAAUUCCACAGCAGUAUUCUGCUCAGCCCAGGCCAGCCGCCUCCAAGUCCCCAGGCGGUCUCCGCGGCUGUUCCACAUCUUUUUUCUCCCACUUCAAUCCAGGAAGUCCUGGUGAAAGGCGAACAGCCCCCUCCCCACAAAACCUGCUGCCAGGUGCCCUCGCCUAGCCGAGACUGUCAACCCUCGGGGCAAGCCUCGCCAUGUACUUCGGAACAGAGCCCCAGCCCUCAAUCCCCACAGAACAGCUGCUCAGGGAAAACCACAACUGAUCCUCAGGGGGUGGUCUUUAAGGCACAGAAUCACAGGAUGAAGCAUAUUUCAGCAGAACAGAAGCGAAGGUUCAACAUCAAGAUUGGUUUUAGUACUCUCAACAGCUUGGUGUCAACAAGCUCUAAAUCGCAGAUUAGCCAUGUCCUCACACUCCAGAAGACAGCGGAGUACAUUGCAAAGCUGCAACAGGAGAGAUCCCAGAUGCAAGAGGAGGCCAAGCGUCUCCGAGAAGAAAUCGAGGAGCUGAACGCCACCAUCAUCUCUUGUCAGCAGCAGCUCCCUGUCACCGGAGUCCCUAUCACGCGGCAGAGAUUUGAUCAGAUGCGGAGUAUGUUUGCAGAAUACGUCCGAAACAGGACCUUACAGAAUUGGAAGUUUUGGAUUUUCAGCAUUAUCAUUAACCCCUUGUUUGAAACAUUCAAUGAAAUGGUGUCCACGACCAGCUUAGAGGAGCUGAAUCAGACGGCGUUGGCCUGGGUGGACCAGCACUGCUCCCUGCCCAUUCUGCGGCCCAUGGUUCUGAGCACGCUUCGUCACUUAAGUAUUACCACCUCCAUUCUUUCUGACCCAUCCCGCUUGCCGGAACAAGCCACCGAGGCCGUGAUCAAGUCCAACAAAACUGCUGGGGAAACCUAACCAAAGGCAACGGAGAUAACCUCUUCAAAUAUCCAAGCCUUAUCAGGACUUAGCAACCUCCUUGCGGGCAAUUCACCUCUUAUUCAGCCCACGUAGGACCUUGGUGUUGAGUGGAGAGAUUGGCAAAGGGGGUAAGAGAAGGGGCGGAGGAACGAUCAACGGACCCAGCUUUGCUUGAGUCAAAAGGGAAAGCCAACUCAGGUAAACAGGCAGGGCGCUCAACCUGCACCAAGCAAUAGAAGCACUCCAUCAAUGCAACCUGUUGAAAUAUGCAGUGCUAGUGUUUUGUUUUGUUUUUUUCCUGUAACCUAACCUCAGAUGCCAAGGGCUUGGAGACACAGGGCAGAGGCACCACAAGGCAUGGUGUAUUUAAAGGGAAGCUCACUCUUGACUUGAGGAGAUGUAAUGCGCUUUCUGUUUGAUGCUCAUAUGGACUGUUUUGGUUUCCUACUCUGGCAGUAAAAGCUGAAGGCAAACUUCAUCAGACACUGAGGGGAAAGCUCUUCUCCAGUAAUUUUUGAAAGGAGGAGGAGCAAUGGUAAGAAUGCUGCCCCUUUCAAGAAACCUUGUUCUCUCUGCCCCAUCCCCAAAACACCAAAUGCAUGCAAGUCAUUAGUUGCACCAAAAGUUGUUCUUUGGAUCUUGGCUACUGACUUGAUUGGGAACUACAUAACCAAAGGGUGAAAUCAACAGUUUUGUCGGUAAACACAGCAAAUGACUUAACUUUUCUAUUUUAAGGGUAUAUAUAUGAAUACAGCAUCACUAUUCUUUCUGUCACAUUUGAGUAGCUGGCGCUAUUUCUUCUUUCAGCGCUGACCUCUGUCAACCAACACAGUGACAGCUUGGCAGACGCAGGAGUGUGUUUUUAAACCGGGCUCAGUCUGUCCUUGAAUCAGCUGGAUCAGAAUCACAAAUAGGUUUGCACAAACAUUAAGAAGCCAAGUGACAUGGAGAUACAAAAAAAUUGAGUUUUCUGACCCAAGGCUGUCCUGCCUGCUCACUUGCUGUAGUGGCUCUGUUCAGUGCUGCAAAGCUCCAGCCUGAGAUGCAGAACCACAGAAGAGAAGACUGACUUUGUCAUGCUAGGAAAUGCUUCCUAGAAUUAUGGUUGGUUUUAGCGAUCUAGAUAGCCAUGCUGUUUGGCUCUCAUGCCCCUCAAGCCAGGGGAUCACGUCAGUUAGGAGUGAAUUUCAGCCAAGGCGAAGUUGAUGCUAACCUGGACAAGGGCAUUUGUGCAGGGGAAGGCAGUGCUUUGGGAGGGAAUUCAGUAGCCGCAUGCCUCUAGACUGACUUCACAGCUCUUAAUGCAUCUAGCAAUAGGGCUUUUACUCAGUCAAGAAAAACUUCUGUUGGUUUAGCCAGUUGCCUUCAUUUGCCUGAGUGAACCAAUAUCCUGAAUGCGGGAAAGGUAUUUCCUGCUUUUCAAUCAUAGGGAAGUCAUAGGCGUCAUCUUGGAAACAGCAUUCCCUCCUUUAUCUUGGAGAAAAUGGAGAAAUGCUUCCUGAGAUGAUGCUUGCCUUUUACAGUUUUUCAAGCGCUGGCAUACAUUUGUUUGUUCACACAUCUGUACACAUGUAUUGUAUGUAUGUAAUUGAAGGGGGAUGUAAAUAUCCCCCCCCCCCACACACACACACCUACACCUGAUUAAUCAUGCUUUAUCUCUAUUAGUUUAAUUUAACCCAUAAAUUCAUCAAACAUUACAUAUCCAAAUUUCGUAACAGCUCCACUUAAUAGUGCCAAUUUGGCACAGAUAUUAUAUUCUUUCCUAUUUUCGGCUCCAUUUCCAUUUGAUACUUUGAGUGUGUUUAGAAUAAAGAUGUGUGUGAGAGUCAGCAGAUGACUAUCCCAAUACUUUGAAUCCAACAUAUUUCCUAACCUUAAUUCUUCCAGUUGUCUUUGUGCUUCACUAUUUCUUCCAGCCUCCCUUCAAACCCAAACCAGGAGUGUUGUGCCUAGAAAACUGCCAAGGAGCCAGGGCUGUUCUUUCUUCCUCCUAGCUUCCUUGGCUGUCUUUGCAAGAGGAAGAACCAGACUAGCCCAGGGCCAACUCUUGAUUCUUUUUCCAGCACUCCUUCCUGGGGUUCACAGAUGGUGGUACUCUCUACCUGAUGUUCUCCAUACUGUCUUUGGAGAUUCAGCUUUCUCAGGUCACCUUGUGCAGGGGUCUUAGCCACCCUGCCUCUGUAGCCACAGCUGGGCACAUAACAAUGCAAUCUUUUCUUCUCUUGGGGAAAUAUUUGGGUGCAUGGAAAUAUUUUAGGAACAUAAAAGGAUCCAUGCUAAAUUUCUCUCUCGUCGCAUCUGGUUUGUAAUUCUAGUCCUGCAGUGACCAACGAGAUGCUCUGAUGAGGAACUACAAGCCAAGUCUGAGAGCAACAGCACUCCAUGUUGCCCAACAACUGGUAUUCAGAAAGAAGCUGGCUGGGGUUUCUGGGAGCUGGAGGCCCAAACAUCUGGAGGGCCGCAGGUUGUGUAGGGCUAGUCUAGAGCAUUCCUUAGUUUAACUGUAUUCGGUAUCACAUUUAGUUCUGCUGGUACACUCGGUGAAUUCUGGUUUUAAAUAAAAAUAGAGCACCUUUAUCUGUUUAUCUAUUUUCUUCAUCCUGUGGACAACUGUAUACACCACCUCUCCCAUGCCCCCCCCCCCCGCGCCAUUGAUUUUAUUCUUCCAAACUGUCUCGACUGAGUGUAACCACCAGAAAGUUGUCCCAAACCCUUUUAUUUGCCCUUUCCUUCACUAUCUCCAGAGGCAGUUGCCUCUGAAUGCCAGUUGCGGCAGAGGACUGUCACAUUCACUUCCUGUUUAUGGUUGGGCCACAGUGGUACAUGGGAAGUUCAACUAAAGGUGCCUUUGGUCCGAUCCAACAUGGCUCGUCAUAGGUAGAUUCAUAUAGAAUUGUGCUAUUCAGUAUGUUAAUGUAACAUUCGGUAGAUUUUUUUAAUGCUUAAUAUUUUUUGUGUUUUACCUGUAGCAGAACUAUCUCUCAAGCAUAGUUCCUUGAUUAAAAGAGAAAGGUAGAGGUCUUCCUUUCUAAGCACUUUUCUAAAGGUGCUUAGAAAAUGUUGUGUUAGCUUUCUUUUCAGAAGAAGGAGCUGUCUGUUCAAAGGACAACUUUAAGUCUAGCCAUUCUCCUAUCACGUAUCCGAUAGCCUUUAGGAAAGGAUUUUCCUCUGUGCCGAUGGCCCAUGUCUCCCUUACCUGCAUUUGGAGGGCAAUUUCACUUCAGGGAAAGUCUCUCAGGUUACCAGCACUGACAAAGGAACAAAAACGCUUCCGCAAAGUGCACAAAUGCAGUCAGUAAUGCACGAUAUACCUCUACAGCUUGUACUUGUUCAUCCGUUUUACUGUGCGGCACUUUUUGGGGCAGGGGUGCUACACAGGCCUAGUCGACAAGAGGCCUACACAUCAUGACCUUUGUCCUGUCUUAGACUCUUCCUUCCAUUGCACAAGACACAGCUCUGGGAGACCUCUUGCCUUGUCACAACCCCAUCAGUGGCUCCAGGUUACAUCGGCCCUCACCACAUUCACUCCUAUGGCAUCUCCAAAGAGAAUUGAAUGUAUUCCUUUCUCACAAGCAAGUGUCUUUAACCUUGUUCCUAUGAUAAGGCCUUCCUAUUCUGUGUCUCCUCUACAAUGUCAUCCCUUCAAGCUGCUUCUUGGGUCAAAAGAUAUAGGCAGCAUGUGUCUUUGUUCCUUAAAAUGCUGUGAAUGCUGUUGCUUUUGGCUGCCCUGGAUGUGAAGGGGAUGACCUUCUCAUUCUCCCAGCCAAAGCUGAUCGUAUCACACUCAUCAUAGUAAGCUGUACUUCACAACUCGGCUGUUGUUUUUAUCUGCUGAGUAAAGGAGAAAAUGGUCAGCAAAAGGCAUGGUUCUGUAUGGCUUUGUAAAGUUGCCAUUCAUGUACAGAGGUCAUGUUAAUGGUGGUUUCGCAGUUGAUUACACCGUUUAUCUCGAUGGCAACCUUAAAUAUGCAUUUUGUUUUAAUAAAUGAUAUUGGAAUUUCAAAUGUGCACACUUCCUCUCUUUCUCUGUUUCUUUAUUACUAUUUUUGAACAAAAUGUUUCUUUUACAGUUGCAAAUGAUGACGUUUGUACAAUAAAUGGGCUUUAUUUCAUCA